AUGACUUGGGCCAUCGAGCUGUCCCAGUAUGACCUGCAGUGUGAGCCCAGGCAUGCGAUUAAGGCACAAGCAUUGGCCGACUUCUUGGUAGAGGUAAUGGGAGACCCGACCGAGGAAACAAGCAUACGGUGGAGGCUCCACGUAGACGGGGCCUCAAACCAAACGUCCGGAGGUGCCGGGAUCAUCUUGGAAAGCCCUGCCGGGGUAAUAUAUGAACAAUCAAUCAAGUUUGAGUUUCCGGUGUCAAACAACCAAGUGGAGUACGAGGCCCUCUUGGGAAGCUUAAUCCUAGCUCGGGAAGUCGGGGCCACGAGGUUGGAAGUGUGCAGUGAUUCACAGGUCGUUACCUCUCAAGUGAAUGGAAGCUACCAAGCCAGAGACUCACUGUUACAGAAGUACUUGGAGAAGGUCAAAGAGUUGAGCAAACAAUUCGAGGAGGUCACGAUCCAGCACGUUCCGAGGGAAAGGAACACACGGGCAGACCUCCUAUCCAAGCUAGCAAGCACAAAACCAGGAGUCGGCAACCGGUCUCUCAUUCAAGGCAUGAUAAAAGAACCAGCAGUCACCCUCCACCUGACAAAGAGAGACCCCUCCUGGAUGGACCCAAUCGCUGACUUCUUAGAAAAUGGCAAACUCCCUGCUAACGACAAGGCGGCUAAAGCGUUGAGAAGGGAGACGGCCAAAUAUGCGAUCAUACAGGGUCAGCUGUUUAAAAAGGGACUCAGCCAACCCUUGUUGAAGUGCCUGCAUCCCGACCAAACGGACUAUGUACUCAGAGAGGUCCAUGAAGGGUGCUGCGAUCACCACAUUGGGGGCAAAGCCCUAGCAAGAAAGCUCAUCCGAGCUGGAUAUUACUGGCCAUCAAUGAUGAAAGACUCCAAAGAAUUCGUGAGGAAAUGCGUCAAGUGCCAAGAGAACGCCAACUUUCACAAGGCGCCGGCAACCGAGCUAAGCCUAUUGACGUCUUCCCGACCUUUCGCACAGUGGGGAGUCGACCUCUUGGGACCUUUCCCAGUUGGUUCGAGGCAAGUCAAAUAUCUCAUAGUUGCUAUCGACUACUACACCAAAUGGAUAGAGGCUGAACCACUGGCUAGUGAUAACUCGAUUCGGUAUCCAGAAGUCGUUAUCUCUGAUAACGGGACGCAGUUCACUGAUAAGAAGUUCGUGGAGUUCCUCGCCGGCCUCAAGAAGCGGCUUGAUAAGAAAAAGGGUGCAUGGGCUGAUGAACUCGCCUCAGUUCUCUUGUCUUACCGAACGACCGAGCAAUUAUCCACCGGAGAAACCCCUUUCCGCCUGACAUACGGGGUGGAUGCUAUGAUACCCGUGGAGGUCGGCGAGCUGAGCCCACGAUUACUUCUAGAGGGAGUAGAGGAAGCUGUAGAGAAGGACCUAGUAAAUGAGGCUAGAGAAAUGACCCAUUUGUCGGAAGCAGCACCGAAGCAAAGAAUGACCCUGCGCUACAUGGGGAAGGAAAACUGGCGGCUAACUGGGAAGGACCCUACAGGGUCAAAGAGGCGAUUGGUUUGCCCAACUGCUGAUUAA